AUGAAGAAUAUUGAGAGACAAGUGGGACAAUUAGCCAAACAAGCCGAGCGACCAACCAAUGUUCUCCCAAGUGACACAAUACCCAACCCAAGAGAAGAAUGUAAAGCUCUGCAGUUAAGGAGUGGCAAGGUAGUUGGUGAAAGUUCAAAUAAAGAAGCAAUAAAACCCAAAGAGCAAGACACAGUGGAAGUAAAUGUGGAAAGGCAAGAUGAAGAAAAGGCUUCAACAUCCAACAAAGGCAAGGAGGUUGUCAAGCCACAAGCCUUCAAGACACCCAUAGGAAAAUCUCCAUUUCAGCUGGUGUAUGGAAAGGCAUGCCACCUCUCUGUGGAGCUUGAACAUAAGGCCUUUUGGGCCACCAAACUUCUGAAUUUAGAUGCUCAAGCAGCAGGAGAGAAGAGGUUGCUACAACUCAAUGAGCUUGAGGAGUUCAGAUUGGAGGCAUAUGACAAUGCCAAAAUAUACAAGGAGAGAGCAAAGAGAUGGCAUGAUAAGAGGAUCUCUCAAAGAACAUUUGAACCAGGCCAAAAGGUGUUGUUAUUCAAUUCAAGAUUGAAAAUCUUUCCUGGGAAGCUGAGGUCUAGACGGACUGGUCCAUACACCAUCACCAAAGUAUCACCUCAUGGCUAUGUCGAAUUACUUGAUGAAGCCUCAAAACAAACCUUCUCAGCUAAUGGACAUAGGGUGAAGCACUAUUUUGGUGGCCCUUGGAGCAAGGAAGAGAGUGUGCAACUCUUAACAUGA